CGAGACGCCCACCCCGCAACCACCAAGCAAGCCAAUGCCACUAUGCUUCCGGGAGGCGGCGACCACGGCAAGCACCGCGGCGCCAACGCCGCCGCCGACGACGACGAUGCCGCCGCCGCCUCGUCCGCGGCGGCGUCCCUGAACGACCUCUGCGCCACCGCCGCCGGGGCGGCGGCGGCGGCGGGGGUACCCGCGCCGUUCCCGAGGGCGGCGGCGUGGGCGCUCGCGGCUCUGCUCGCGGUGGGCCUCGGGGUCGGCGCCCUCGUCCUCGCGGUCGUGCACAGCGCCGCGCUACUCGUGGUGUCAGUCCUCCUCUCCGCGGCCGUGGCCGCGUUCCUUCUGUGGAAUGCGGCCGCCGCGGCGUCGGGGCGCGCGCUGCGGCGGUUCGUGGACGGGCUCCCGGCCUCCAGCCUCCGUGUCGCGGCCGAUGGCCAGCUCGUCAAGAUCACUGGUUUUGUUUCAUGCGGUGAUAUCUCGCUGAUCUCGUCAUAUGAGAAGGUGGAGAAUUGUGUAUACACAUCUACUCUUUUAAGAAAAUGUGGUAGAUGGGGUUCACAGAUACUAGAUCCUAAGAAUCGAUGUUCCAAGUGGAAGUUAACUCAUGCUGAGAGGUUUGCUGCUGAUUUCUACAUAACGGAUGCAAAAUCAGGUAAUAGAGCCUUGGUGAAAGCUGGGCACCACUCAAAAGUAGUGCCGCUGAUCGAUGAAAAUCUUCUGGUAACAACAAGCAGAGACACCGAGCUUUCUUCAACCUUGAAGUAUUGGCUUGAAGAAAGAAAUCUUUCUUCUGAAGAAGCUCAGCUUAUCCGUCUGGAGGAAGGGUAUAUCAGAGAAGGAAUGCGGUUGAGCGUGAUUGGAAUUCUGAGCAAGAAGAAUGGAGAUGCCAUGAUACUCCCUCCAACAGAACCUCUAUCUACCGGUUGUGUGUUGCUGUCGUUCCUCCUUCCAACAUAUUUUGAUGGAAUAGUGCUGAGAUUGGUGGACAGAAGUUAUUUCGUGCCAAAUUCUGGCGUUUCAUGAAGUGCUGUGAGAACUCGAUGAGAUGUAACUGCUAACAACUCUAGUGCGGUGCCCUUGCCCCUUGGGAUCUUCUUCUGUACGGGUCCACAAAUUUUGCUUUGAGGACUCAUGUAACUCGUUUCAGGUAACCCUCACUUGAUUAAUAGCUCUAAUGCCUAGUCAUUUCUGGGGA